AGAUCUCAGACUUGUGUGGUGUAUGUGUCUGAAUGUCAAAAAGAAUCGAAACUAAGUGGACCUGCUCACCUUCUUUCAGAUUGCCUCUCGGUCUAACUUCACAAGCCAUGAAUACGCCUGAAACGAGAGUUAUCUAUCUGAACGCGCUCAAAGAUGCUGGCUUGUACGGAGAUGAUCACUAUGUGCCUGCAGUCCGCCAAGCAGAAGCAUCUCCGGGCUCAGCAGCAACAGCAGCCGCUGCACAGCACCGGACAGGGGCUAACCAUCUUUCAUGAUAUUUUCCGCCGUGCCGACAAAAACGAUGAUGGCAAGCUGUCCUUUGAUGAGUUCAAUACUUACUUCGCUGAUGGGAUCCUGACCACCGAGGAGCUACAGGAGCUCUUCUUCUCUAUAGACGGCAGACAAAACAACAAUCUGGACACUGACAAGCUAUCAGAUUAUUUUUCUCAGCACCUGGGGGAGUAUCUCAAUGUACUUUCAGCUCUGGAGAGCCUGAACAUCGCCAUUUUAAAAGCAAUGGAUAAAACUAAAGAGGAGUACCAGGGCUCCAGUGUGCUGGGCCAGUUUGUCACCAGGUUCAUGCUCAGAGAGACUUCCAGUCAGCUGCUGUCCCUGCAGCGGUCACUGCAGUGUGCUAUGGAGGCUGUGGAGGAGCAGAGCAGCCCUGCACCCAGAGAGGUAAAGGCACCUGAGCUGACAGCAGCAGAGAGGAACGGCAGACGGUGCGGUCGCAGGCUCCAUAAUAACCUGUGCAUGUCGCCAUCAGAUCCCUGCGCUGGCAUCCUGACCACAGGUGUGAACAUGGAGGAUGGAGAGAACUGGUGCUCUCAAAUCAGCAGGCUGCAGCAACUGCUGGAUAAGCUGGAGUGUCAGAGUCCCAAGUUGGAGCCGCUGAAAGAGGACACGCUGGCCGGCACAUACAAGUCUAACAUUCUGCUGGUCCAGAGGCAGAUGUCAGUGACCGCCGAAGAUCUGGACAACUUCCGGAAAGUUCUGAAAGGCUACAUUGAUGCCACCUCUGCCCACUCGGACAACCUUCACGUGUCCGUUCAGAAGCUCCCGGGGAAGUCUUGUUACAUAAUGUAUGAGUUCUGGCAGGACCGCAUCUCCUGGAUGAGCUACCUGCAGACCAACAGCAGUAAAGACUUCCAGCGAUGCAUCAUCGACAUGUUGGAGGACGCUGAAAAUGUUUCCACUAUGUUGCUCCCAGCGUCCUGGUGGAUUAUGACUAACAACUGAACCAAGGAUGUCACAUCCACAGCCUACACUGUCACACGGACAAAGACACACUGGCACUCCAACCCUCCCGCCCACACACACACACAUAUAAAAUACAUAGACAGGGAAAUUCAAAAAGGUAUCCAUCUAUGUGUUUGAAAGCAACAGGAGACUGACACAAUGGCGUCAUCCAGCUCUCCCCAGCAGCAUCUUUUAAUGUUCCUGACUGCAACUGCUCAUUAUUGUGCCGCUUGUAUCAAAACGGAUAGCUGCACCCUAUAGCCAGUCUACACACUUGAAAGUGGCGGAUUCAUGGAGCAAUGUUAUUGAAGGUUUUCCAUUUCAAUAACCGAGUCUCACACUUGUGCAAUCACCUCCUCUCUCAUGCUGUUUUUCCUGAUAAUUAUGCCAGUAGAGGAACCGCCAAAAAACAAGCCAGAAUAGGCUACUAGAGCAAAUCUAAUAUGAAUGAAAAAAACGUGGCAGUAGUGUUUUGUGCUUUUGAUGAGUUGUUUACUGUUGAAUAGGGUUUUGAAAAAACAGAGAGGAAGAGGAGAUGAAGGGUUACCGCAGCUGAAACAUGCAUGCUGACGACUGUGAGCUUUCAAAAAACAUAUCCUUUCCAUCCUGGCUGUAUAUGCUGUAUGAUAAUAACUGUAGCACUGGUUUCUUUCCUUUAGCUAUAUAUACACAAUUCAGAAAGCUACAUCUUCCCUACAUCUAUCUAGUGCUUGAUAUUUAAGUGGUCACUCGUUUGUAUGAGUUGCAUCUUUACGUCUUCAGACUUAGGGACAUAUUUCUGUCUCAAAUGUAAAGUUAUCUUUAAAACAAAAUGUAUCUUUAAGGGUAAUAAAAGUUUGUGAGGGGGGUAUAUUGGAUCACUAAGUUAUAAACAGAAACUAUAUUAAAUGUAUCAAUUAUUUUGAUCAGUGUAUUGAGCCUGUAAAUAAGAAAGAUGUAUUCAUAUUUCUGCUGUGUUUUUGUUCAGUAUUGUAUGCCACCAAUUGUAAAAACACUGCAAAGUGACAUUAAUAAAACCAUUAAUGCUAAA